AUGGCGAUGAAGUAUUUGGUCCUAGCGAUUACUAUGUUUAUUACACUGGAUAAUUGCACUUCAUUAGCGAUAGAUGGCAGGGAUACGCUUCUAGUGGGAGAUUCGCUCGCUGGAAAUCAAACCAUAAUGUCAAAGAAUGGCACGUUUGCAUUAGGGUUUUUCAGUCCGGGAGGAACGAAUAAUUGGUACAUUGGCAUCUGGUACGCAAUCUCUCCGAAGGUCAUAGUUUGGGUGGCCAACAGAGAUAAUCCUGUCAGAGGCGUGCCCGGUGUCCUGAAAUUUUCAAGCCGUGGUCGUCUCAGACUGUUUGAUAGAGAGGGCCGUUCAGUGUGGUCAACUGAUGAUGGUCUGAAAGGAUCGUGGGCGAUGAUAACGGACCUUGGUAAUUUAAUAAUGCUGGGUCACAAUAAGUCUGAGAUUAUUUGGGAGAGUUUCGCUCAUCCGGUAGAUACAUGGUUGCCUGGCAUGAAGAUGUGGAAAGGCAUGAAGCUAACUUCCUGGAAGAGUUCUGUGGAUCCUGCAAUUGGGCUCUUCUCUAUAGGGAUGGAUAUGUCUCCAGGAAAGACGCAGUUGGUGAUGGUCUACAACAAUAGUGUUCCAUAUUGGUCUAGUGGAGAGUGGACUGGAAAUUAUUUUGCCAACUUUCCGGAGGUGUAUUCUCCUACGAAAUUCGAAAUGUUCUGUGUAAGGGUUUCUCCUUCAAGAAUAAACUUUCAUUUUAGAGUAAUCCCGUCAGGACAUAUCCGGGCAGUGCGGAUCCUGUUUGAUGAGAAUGGCCAAUUAAAAGGUUACUUCUUGAUGGAUGAUGGUACUUGGAGUCAGGCAUGGUCGUCAUGUCUAGGUCAAUGCAGUAACUUUGAUAUUUGCGGGGCGAAUGGACUGUGUAAUGCUAAUGAUGUGUGUAGUUGUGUUGAGGGUUUCACGUCCAAGAAUGACUCUCAAAGUUGGUGGUCAAGUGGGUGUGCUCGAGGAACACCCCUGCAAUGCUCUCUCACAGGGGGCACCAACGACGGCUUCUUGGAAUCCAAGAACAGAUACUUGCCCCAAGAUGAAGCCGUAUCAUACAACAACGAGCCAACUAUGGAAGGCUGCAGGACUGCUUGUCUCAACAAUUGCUCCUGUACAUCCUUUGCUUUCGUUAUCUCUGAUCUACCAGCUGCCUGUAGACUCUGGUUUGGGGAUUUAUUGAAAAUGCGGGUUUCACGUGACAGCCAAUCAUCCAUCUUCAUAAGGCUGGCUGCUUCUGAGUUGUUGCACUCGACAUCAGUGAGAAGCCGCAAAGCCCCUCUACUUCUUAUUUUACUUCCUUCUGCCGUGGCUUUAUCUGUUGUUUUAGCUCUCCGGCUCCCCCUGGCCACAUUUUUCCUGUGGAAACGUCGAAGACUACAGAAGAAAAAGGUAGAAGAGGACGUGCCAACCAUGCUCAAAACGUUCACUUACAAAGAGUUGCGAAUUGCAACCCAGAAUUUCAAGCAUAAGCUGGGAAGCGGAGCAUUCGGGUCUGUUUUCAAAGGAACUCUGUCAGACGGCACACUUGUGGCUGUUAAAAGAUUAGAGGGUUCUGCAGGAGCAGAAAAGCAACUCCGUGCCGAAAUAAGCACCAUCGGGAGAAUACAGCAUUUGAAUUUGGUGAGGCUCUGGGGAUUCUGCGUAGAAGCCUCUCGACGGCUACUGGUGUAUGCUUACAUGCCCAAUGGUUCUCUAAACUCCUUCCUCUUCUGUGAAAACGAAGAAGACGAGAAGGUGUUGGAUUGGAAGACCCGGUUUGAGAUCGCACUGGGCACCGCACGAGGAUUAGUUUAUCUCCACGAGGAAUGCAGCGAUCGUAUCAUUCACAGUGAUAUUAAGCCUGAAAACAUUCUUUUAGACGAGAACCUCAGCCCAAAGAUAGCUGAUUUUGGAUUGGCAAAGCUGGUGGGCAAAGAUUUCAGCCGUGUAUUGACAACCACGAGAGGAACUCGAGGGUACUUAGCCCCAGAGUGGAUCUCGGGCCUUCCUAUCACUCCCAAGGUGGACGUGUACAGUUUUGGCAUGACGUUGUUGGAAAUUAUAUCCGGUCGUAGAAAUCUGGAUUUAACAGUGGAGAAAAGCAGGUUGUACUUUCCUACCUGGGCUUUAUCGCAAAUUCAGAGGGGAAACAUCAUAGGCGUUGUGGAUGCAAGGAUAGCAAGCGAGGCAAACAUCGAAGAAGCUAGAAGAGCCUCUGUGGUGGGUGGGCUGUGCAUUCAAGAUGAUGAGAAUGAGAGGCCAAGCAUGGGUGAAGUGUUGAAGAUAUUGGAAGGCACGAUGGAGGCUCCUGCGCCGCAAAUGCCGAGGUCUCUACAGGUGCUGGUGGAUCAGGUAGAAGACGACGACAGCGAUACUUUACUCAACAUCCUUGCAUAUCAAGCGGUUCUGUCGCCGGAAAACAAUAGUUUUAAAUAG